GAUUACGUCAGACUACGUGCGUAUUGGCAGUGAAAGAUGGCGGCGAAUACACAAGACCAAGAUAAUGAGUUGGAAGAAUUAUUAGAUAGUGCUCUGGAUGAUUUUGAAAAAGCAAAACCCUCUUCAAAUAUGCCCAGUCCUGCUGGGACCUCAGACGUGUCCACAGGAGCAUCUGGCAGUAGUGAAAAAUGCCCAACACUGUUAGAAGACCAGCAGUUUUUUGAAGCUUUGUUUGAAGGGGAGUUUGCCAACCAGGCACGAGAGGAAUUUGAUAGAGCAAUGAAGGAACUGGCUCAGGAGGAGCCUCAACUAGUGGAACAGUUUAAAAAGCUUUCAGAAGCAGCAGGGAAAGUUGGAAGUGAUGCAUCAUCUCAGCAGGAGUUUACUUCUUGUUUAAGGGAUACUUUGAGUGGAUUGGCAAAAAAUGCAGAUGAGCUACAGAGUUCUGGAAUAGUUGGAGAUGACCUUGUCCGGGCGUUAGAAGGAUUAAGAUUAUCUGAGGGCAGUGAAGACGGAGGAGAGGAUACCAACAUUUUACCAAUUAUGCAAACCAUUAUGCAGAACCUACUUUCUAAAGAAGUGCUGUAUCCAUCACUGAAAGAAAUAAAAGAGAAGUAUCCUGAAUGGCUGAAUACACACAAAGAUUUAUUGUCCCCUGCUGAUUUCAAACGCUAUGAACAACAGCACAUACUGAUGGGAGAAAUCUGCCGACAUUUUGAAAAUGAGGGGGAACACUCCUUUGAAAACAUUUUGGAACUCAUUCAGCAGUUGCAGGAUCUUGGAAAACCACCAAAAGAACUGGCAGGAGAAAAUUCACCCGGUCUGAACUUUGAUCUUGAUGGACUGAACCUUCCAGGACCCUCGGGAGAUGGAGAGCAGUGCACAAUUAUGUGAUCACCAACCCAAUCCCUAAUGCCAACUAUUUCUUCACAUAAAGUAAAUACACUUGGCAUUGAUGUUUUUUUUAAAGCACUAAAAACAAUUUUCCCAGCUGUGCCUAGCCAGUAAAUUAAUAAAUAAACCACUCUCACUGAACAGAGGCUCCCAUUUUCAGCUGGAUUAUGUAAAUACUGAACAAUAUGCUGGCUGGUUAACGGUAGAUUGAAGAGGUUUGGUAUACUAUACCGAAUAUUUACCAAUCUGUUUUUGGAGCCACUUAUUCAGUGCAACAUCAUGAGUAAUUUAUACUUUAUUGAUUUAUAUUAAAUUUGUUUAACAUUUUCGAUUUACUUUACAUAUUUUUGAAAUUUUACUUACAAUUUUCACUUGGAAGAUGCUGUUUCCAAUAGACAAAACUGUUAAGCCCUACAACAAAAAUCCCUUAUGUAAAAGUGAAGCUGCUUACCACAAAAACAUUGAUAUUGUUCAGCUAGAAUAUCACCAAGGUAGGGUGUUGUCUCAAUAAAGACUGGUUCUUCUGUGGACUUUUUAAAAUGAA